AUGGCAUUCUCAUCCCUCAAUAUAUUAUUCUCCCUAGGUAUCCUGCUUCUUGCGUUACAUUUUCAACUCAGUGUUGCUUUUGAUACAACUCGAGAAGCUCAAGCUCUUCUCAAAUGGAAAGCCGGCCUUCAAACCCAGAAUAUCCUCUCUUCAUGGACUCUUUAUCCUGCUAAUGCCACUAAUAAUUCUACCCAACUCAGAACCAAAAUAAGCCCCUGUACUUGGUUUGGGAUUUCUUGUGACCAUGCGGGAAGAGUCCAUAAAUUUAACCUGUCCGCUGCAGGUUUAAAAGGUACGCUUGAUGAAUUGUCAUUCUCAUCAUUUCCACAUCUUGCAUAUCUGGAUCUUUGCAUUAAUGAACUCUUUGGCUCCAUCCCAUAUCAAAUUGGUGUCCUUUCCAAACUAAAGUACCUUGACUUGUCAACUAAUCAGUUUUCCGGGAAAAUACCAUCAGAAAUUGGUCUCUUAACACAUUUGGAGACGCUCCACUUGGUUGAGAAUCAGUUGAGUGGUUCAAUUCCUGAAGAACUAGGCCAGCUGAGUUCUCUUAAUGAUCUUGCACUAUACAGCAACCGUUUGGAAGGUUCAAUUCCUGCUUCUCUGGGUAACUUGAGUAACUUGUCUUGGUUAUAUCUUUAUAAUAAUUCACUCUCUGGAUUCAUUCCUCCAGAGAUGGGAAACCUCUCUAAUCUAGUUGAAUUAUACAUGGAUACCAAUAAUUUAACUGGCCCAAUCCCUUCCAGUUUUGGGAAACUUAGAGAGCUAACCGUGUUGCACAUGUUUGAGAACCAGCUUUCCCGUUCCAUUCCGCAGGAAUUAGGAAAUCUGGAAUCCGUCGUUGAUAUUAGCCUUUAUAGCAACAAUCUUUCAGGUUCAAUUCCAACUUCUAUAUGUGGUUUAAGAAAUCUCAACUAUCUUUAUUUAUAUAGUAAUCAACUUUCAGGCUCUAUUCCCAUAGAAAUACGAAACUUGAAAUACCUUAUUGAUUUAGACUUAAGUGAAAAUAAACUUAUUGGUUCAAUUCCUUCUUGUUUGGGAAAGUUGAUCAACUUGUCUCUGUUGAGUCUUCACCAUAAUUUAUUUUUUGGUUCUAUUCCACCAGAAAUGGGAAACCUCUCUAAUCUAGCUGUACUUUACAUGAGUGCCAACUAUUUAACAGGCACCAUUCCUUCCAGUUUUGGGAAACUAAGAAAGCUCACCGUGUUGUACAUGUUCGAGAACCAACUUUCCGGUUCUAUUCCUCAGGAAUUCGGAAAUUUAGAAUCUCUCACAGAUAUGAGCCUUUAUCGCAACAGUCUUUCAGGUUCGAUUCCAACUUCGCUAGGUGGUUUAAGAAAUCUCAAAUAUCUUUAUUUGUAUGAUAAUCAACUUUCUGGCUCUAUUCCAAUGGAAAUAGGAAACUUAAAAAACCUUGUUGAUUUAGAGUUAGGUGCAAAUCAACUUAAUGGUUCAAUUCCCUCUUCUUUGGGAAAUUUAAGUAAGUUGUCUCGGUUGGGUGUUAAUGAGAAUGAACUUUCUAGUUCCAUUCCUCCAGAGAUGGGAAACCUCUCCAACCUGGUUGCAUUGUACAUGUUCAACAAUGAGCUUUUUGGUUCCAUUCCCAAGGAACUCGGAAAAUUGAGAAACCUCAAAUUUCUUCAAUUGUAUGGUAAUCAACUUCGUGGAUCUAUUCCCACAGAAAUGGGAAACUUGAAAUCUCUUAAGGAUCUACUCUGUGGUGGAAAUCAACUUAGUGGCUUCAUCCCUCCUUCUUUUAAUAAUUUGAGCAACUUACAUAGGUUGAGUUUCCGUGGUAACAAUCUUUCUGGUUUUAUUCCUCAAGCGAGUUGA